AUGUUUGAAGAUAUAACGUACCGUAAUAGCGGUCAUGAAACAAAACUACGAUCAACAGAGCAAUUAAUAUCAAAAUAUAUCGAACUUAAAAAAUUUCAAGAAAUAUAUCAACAUUCUUCAAGGAUACAUAAGAAGAAACUACGGAAACUGAAGGCUAAGAAGAAGGUUUUGGAGUUGAUACAUACUGAAUUACAGAAUAGGAGAACGACGAAACCGGAGGAGACUUAUGAAGUAUGGCAUAACGAUGAGAAUGGUGGGAGUUUGAAUCAGAAUCUAAAAGCGAAAUCCCGAGGGAAUAAUACAAGCAAGAAGAAUAAGAAAAAUAGGAAAGAGGCCGUGACUGGGAUAACUGCGGUUAAUGCACCUUUGGCGACGAAAGUGUAUGAAUAUCUCGAGAAUAUAGACAAGACAAGCCAUCUUGAACAAGAAGCAUAUAAUGAAAAAUAUGAAGAAUACGACACAAUAAUGACCAAUAAACUUCAUCAAUUUACUCAAACUUUCGAUAAAACAAAUAGAUCAGUCAAGGCCGAUUUCUUAAUACGAACGAAUGGAUUAGAGGUUCUACCGGUUGAAUAUCUCGACAAAUCAAAUUCAAUCCAACAACAGCAUAUUAAAAAUUUAUCAACUUUACUUCAUUUAAAUAUCUUAAGAAAGAAUUGGGAAUUGGGCUAUAAGUUAUUCUGUCUCCUAAUAAGGUUUCCUUCAGUUGAUAUUCGGACAAUAUGGCCCCUUGGGAUCGAAAUCCUAACCCAUCUCCAACAACCCCAUCCCCAACACUCCAAUCUCAAAGUUGAAAAAUUCUUCGAAUAUCUAAUAUCAUUCUAUACAAUCACUAAUGUGAACUCCACCAAUACAUCGCAACGAAGUCGGUCAAACACGGCACCCGUAUGGAGAUCGGGACUGAAGACGCUAACUCCCUUAUAUGUCAUCACUGCCCUCUGGAACCUAUUCAUCAAACAGGAUUAUGAAACAGUCAUGAACAGAAUCCAGGAAUUCAUAUUAGAACCACCAUAUAAUACCGAAGGGGUGUUAUAUUUUAUGCUUGUGUUGUGUAAUUUAUCCCAAGCUACCAAGGUUGUCAAUGGAUAUAUCGUACAAGAUGAUUUGGAUAAGUUGGAGAUGUUGGGACAGCCAUAUAGGACAAAAUCUGAGGUGGUUGAGAGGUUGGAUAGGAUUAAGGAGACGAUUGAGGGGGAGCUGGAUAAAUGUAGGGAGUUUCUGUUUGUGUUUGACCUGAAGGAUAUUGAAAUCUCAAUGGAGAGGUUGUAUGAAAGGAUCGAAAAAGUGGAUGAAAGAGAAAGGAUUGGAAAUGGGGUGAGUAAUGGAUGGGAUGAGAUUUCAUCAGAUGAAGAUGUGGUUAUGAGUGAAGGGUUGAGUGUACAAUCUAGUCGUUCUGAUAUUGUUCAACAAAAUGGAAAAAUGGACUUGGAAAAAGAUCAACUUCCCGGCAAUGAUUCCGAUCAUGAAGCGAAUGGAUGGAGUGAUAUCAGUUCUGAUUCAAUUAGUGACCAUUCAGACACACUAAGUUCUACAAAGCUCAUUCUGCCUAUUCCUACUCAAGAUGAAGGAUGGAGUGAUAUAAGUUCAGACAAAGACGAUGGCUCUGAUAAUGAAGAUAUCGAGAAUGCGACUGUUGAGAACAAUACCGAAGGAGGAUGGAGUGAGAUCAGUUCUGACGAAGAAGAGGCAGAACCGGACAAACAUCAACCUGAGACUAUCGAUUUAGAUGAAACUUCAUUUCCCGAAACAUCUCAAAAAUGGGAACCGAACAUCGAAAGAGGCGAUGAAGAUGAAGAAGACGAAUUCGAGGAUUCAAAUCCGAAAUUUGAUGCAUUUGAUAUGAGAAGAAACAGUUUAGAAUUAUACGAUACACGAGGAUCUAGUCUUGAGGCACCACACAAUAAUAAUGGUAGUGGACCUCAAGGAAAUAUCGGUGGUAGUCAACAGACAAUGAUAGAUUUUGAUUUUGAUUUCGAUUAG